AUGUAUCCAAAGCAAGUACAAGGUCAAAUACCGGCUGCUAAUGUUAUGAAAAAGAAACCAGGUUCUACUACUAAAGUCCAGACCAUUUUGGAUGCUUUUAAACUUUUCUUUACGAAUGAAAUUCUUGAUGGAAUUGUUUUUCAUACAAAUCGUUAUGCCGAACAAUGUUUUAAUCAAAAUACAAGAUCACGACAAGCUUCCAACACUGUAAGCUCAAAAUCACGUCGCUGGCAACCAACAGAUCGUGUUGAAUUAGAAGCUUUUAUUGGAUUAUUGAUCCAGUCUGGUGUAAAUCGAAGCAACCACGAAUUACUUAAUGAUUUAUAG